CACUGUCUGGAGUAAGUUGAAUGUGCGCCGUUCCUCGCUAGAUCCAAAAUCCUACCAAAACAGUUGCAAUGGAGAGAAUCAGGAAAAGCCUAUCCAUUUUCGUCAUUGGUCCUUUAAUUAUGAAUUUGGUUUGCGCACAAAGAGACCCUAGCAAUAUGCCUGUGGUCAAGGAUACGGUGGAUAGACUGAUGAAAGGAUACGAUAUUCGGUUGAGGCCAGAUUUUGGAGGUGCUCCGGUGGCAGUCGGGAUGAACAUAGACAUAGCCAGCAUAGACAUGGUAUCGGAGGUGAACAUGGACUACACCUUGACCAUGUACUUCCAGCAAGCAUGGCGAGACAAGCGUUUGUCUUACACCGAGAUUCCUCUCAACCUCACACUGGAUAACCGCGUGGCCGACCAGCUCUGGGUCCCAGACACUUACUUCCUCAACGACAAGAAGUCCUUUGUGCAUGGAGUCACGGUCAAGAACAGGAUGAUUCGGCUACAUCCAGAUGGAACAGUGCUUUAUGGAUUGAGGAUCACCACCACGGCAGCCUGCGUGGAUCUGCGCCGAUACCUCUGUCUGGAGUGGACAGCCCCCUCUCUCUGCACAGGCUCCUACCCUCGACUGUCACUGAGCUUCAAGCUGAAGAGGAACAUCGGCUACUUCAUCCUGCAGACGUACAUGCCCUCCAUCCUGAUCACCAUCCUCUCCUGGGUCUCCUUCUGGAUCAACUACGACGCCUCGGCUGCCAGAGUCGCCUUAGGUAUCACCACGGUGCUCACCAUGACUACCAUCAACACACAUUUGAGGGAGACCCUUCCCAAGAUCCCCUAUGUGAAGGCCAUUGACAUGUACCUGAUGGGCUGCUUUGUCUUCGUAUUCUUGGCCCUGCUGGAGUACGCCUUCGUCAACUACAUCUUCUUCGGACGGGGGCCGCAAAGGCAGAAGAAGGCAGCGGAAAAAGCUGCCUUGGCCAACAAUGAGAAGAUGAGGCCUGACCCCAACAAGUGGUUGAUGGGAAAUGUAGUUCAGAGAGACGAUGCUCUGUAUGCCCGAAUGAAACAGAGGGAAAUUGACGCAUAUGACUCGAUGUGGGAUCCGAUCUUUGCAGAGGACGCGGCAUUAGGACUAGGCGAGCAAAGAAAUAAGAUGAACCCGGACGACAACAUCCUGCUCGGCACCCUGGAGAUGAAGAACGAGAUGGUGUCGUCCGACCUGUCGCGCGCGCUGGGCGGCGGCGGAGGAGGCGGCGUUGACCCCCGCAGCACCAUGCUGGCGUACGACAGCUCCACCCUGCAGUACCGCCGCGCCGCGCUGGCCCGCCAGAACUACGGGCACAGCGCGCUGGAGCGCCAUGCCACCAAGAAGAGCCGUCUGCGCCGACGGGCCUCCCAGCUCAAGGUCAACAUCCCCGACCUGUCCGACGUCAACUCCAUCGACAAGUGGUCUCGGAUGAUCUUCCCCACUGUCUUCUCCUUCUUCAACGUAGUCUACUGGCUUUACUACGUCCACUAAGAGGAGUAGGAGGAGUUGUGCGGUUUGGGGCUGAACUGAGAAAUUGUGUGUGUGUGUAUGUAUGUAUGUGUGUGUGUGUGUGUGUGUGUGUGUGUGUGUGUGUGUGUGUGUGUGUGGGUGUGUGUGUGUGUGUGUGUGUGUGUGUGGGUGUGUGUGGUGUGUGUGUGUGUGUGUGUGUGUGUGUGUGUGUGGGUGUGUGUGUGUGUGUGUGUGUGUGUGUGUGUGGCCGGGGGACGCAACAAAAGGAAAAACGAAAAAGAACAGUGCACUGACGUUUUCUUUUUCUUUUUCCAGUUUUUUGUUUUUGUUUUUGUUUUUUUUUGCUUAUUGUUU